UGGCGCCCCAGACAUUUGACGGGCGUCCGAACCGUGCUGACAGGCAAACACCUGUCUCGCGGCCCAACAACCCUCUCUUUCCGUGCAAGCUUCACCAACAGGGACAUACUUGUCCUUCGGCCCUAAAAAUAAACGAGCGUAGUCCUAGUCGCGGUGUAGUGCAGUCGCAAUGCGAAGUCGGGGCUUCCUACGCGUGUUGGCGUAUGCGGUGGGAUCGUUGGCCAUCUUGGCCGUGGCCCUCGACUCCUUCUUCCGGAGAGGCAGGGACGUCGGCGGAUGCGCCAUGACCUAUAUGUGGCCGGACUAUGUGCACAUGUCCUCGUUUCGGCCAAGUCGGAAGGGGCUGGAUAGGUACGCUUUGUAUCUCUAUAAGGAACGGGACGGUCGUCACCCAGGAGACCAGCCAUUAGGUAUUCCGGUUCUUUUCAUACCUGGAAAUGCUGGCAGCUACAAGCAAGCCCGGUCUUUAGGCUCCGUGCUUGCCAGCCAGUACUUUCAACGAUUGGAGAAGACGCCAGCAGCCGGGCACUCGCUCGUUCCUCGCUUUGAUUUUUUCGCCGUUGAUAACCAGGAGGAAUUGGCAGCCUUCAAGCAAUCGAUACUGUCAGAUCAAGCAGAAUAUGUCAACGAGGCUCUAGCCUUCAUCCUCUCUCUAUACCCCACUCUCUCUCAAACUCCGUUACCACAUCCAACCUCUGUGAUCAUCGUCGCCCACUCGAUGGGUGGUAUGGUCGCGAGACUCCUGCCAACACUGGAGAACUACAACGGUGGUGCCGUUCGAGCCAUCGUAACGUUAGCGACUCCGCAUCUCGCUCCUCCAGCACCACUGGAAUGGCGAAUGGCCUCGAUGUAUGGUAGGCUUCAGAGCACUUGGUUCGAAGGCACCUCCUCGUCCGAUGGAGCUUUACGCAACAUCAGUAUAAUCUCGAUCGCCGGCGGGACUCACGACACCAUGAUAUCCUCAGCCACAACCGAGAUUUCGCCCUUCAUCUCUCCGAAGAAUGGAUUUGCAGUCUACUCGAUGUCGGUUCCUUACGUAUGGACGCCCGCUGAUCAUAAAGCCAUCUUGUGGUGCAACCAGCUUACUCGGGCAGUUGGCCAAUCUCUCUACGACAUCGCAAGGAUUGAUGAGGCUUCCAAAGUCGCUGCACUUGAGGAGAGGAUGCGGAUUUUGCGGAAUACGUUUCUGAGCGGCAUGGAUGGCGGGUUCAGUGAAGCGCCAGAUUCUUGGAAUGCGAACGCGAUUCCACCAAACGUUCCACGGACUCCGUUCAAGUCGCGAUUGUUCCUGAAUUCAGGCGCGAAACUCGACUCCCCACGCAUAUUCGAUUUUGGGCAGGUCGGAGAUGGCGGUUUCGUUCUGCUCACGGAUAAGCCUGCACUUGGCAAGGAAAUCAUGGUGUACGUCUGCCGUUCCGCUGAGGCCGGUUAUCAAUGCCGUUCUUUGGCGUUUAGCGCGGAGAGAGCAGUGCCUUCUUCUGAAGGAAGUCGGACUCUGUACCUCACACGCGUGCGCCGUAGUGCCGUGCAGACAGAAGAAUAUUUGCUGUUGUCCGUAAGCGAAUGGGCGCAAGGAGAUAUCUUAUUUGCGGAAAUGCCCGACAUAGGUCCCAUCGAAGAUCGCUCGUCGGGCAUGUUCGGUAAGAUCCAUCUCUCUGUUCCCGUUCGAAGGCUAUUGACGGAAGUAAGGGUUCCCGCAAUCUCAAAACCGCUCGUGAAGUAUCAAAUGCGAUGGGCGAUAGACUGCAAGCCCGACAUCUCACAGCAUUUCGGGCCAGUCAUACAUCAGUCAAUGGACGGUGAUUCAUCGGAAGAGCGAUUUCUGGGCAAAGCGGAAGGAUCCCUACUGGCAGCUUAUAGUCAUCCUGGUGCAGUCUCUGUGAACGCCGGAGCACUGGUCUUGCGAAUUUUCACUGACGGGCAAUGCGACAAUUUGCGGAUCGAUAUCACACCGGAUUGGCAAUCGAGCGUGGGCGUGCUGAUUGGACGUUAUGCGAUGACGUUGGUUGCAUAUUCCCUUGUCGUAGUCAUACAGAUGAGGCAACAUCUGACCGGGACCGGCGGCAUGUUCACACUCCAUAAACACCUACUCAUGGACGGCACCCUUUUCCGGACCUCUCUCUUCCUCGUCGGUGCCGGAGCGUCGCAGGCAUUUGCCGCAAACUGGCUGCUUCCUGAAGCGUGGUCAAGUCAAGUGCGGCAGAUGUUCUUGGCCGCCCCAAGCCUGUACUCGGCGGCGGUUUCCGUGGGGAUAUACCAGAUGGCAUUCGGGCUUGUGACAACACUCAGUGCCGUUCUUUACCUACUAAACUUCCUGGUUGGUCUUUUGAUGCGGAAGCUGCCGCACGGAUCGGCAGACGGCUGGAGGAGAGGAUCCCAACCGUUUUGGAACGGCGGUUUGAAGCUCCUUUGGGUCUCACUCGCCGUGUGCUGCGCGGUAUUGCCAUCUCACGCCGGUUACCUGCUGCUCUUAUUCCUGAGUCUGGUCGUGUGGUCCCAAACCGAACCCACACACAGCAACCUCGGCCACUGGACAACAUUGUUAUUAGCGAUUCUGCAGCUGUACACCGUUCCAAGCCUUGUCAUCGACAUUAAAUCGAUCUUGAGUGGGAGCUAUAUCUGGACGUGGGAUUUCAUGGACAGGUUACAAGCGCUGGCCCCGUGGCUUUAUCUUGGAAUAGACCGACAAAGAUAUCGACAGAUUGUACCCACACCAUGGCUGGUAAAGUUGAUUGCAGCGGUUGGUCUUUGCUACGGAACGACCGAGACGUAUCUGCUCUUCCACGCAUCAUACCUCCUAUUUGCGUGGCUCUGUUUUCAGGAAGGUACCAAUCUGUUGACUAGCCAUAGUGCGAAGUCAAAGUGAGAUCAAGGCGCUACUGUAGCCUGUAGCCGAAGAUUUCAGUAUACACAUAGUUGAUUUUAAGAUAAAGA